GGAUAGUGUGUGGUGCUGCUGCGUUAUGCUGCCCUGGCUCUAAGUGUCAGUAGUGACUAGCAUCUUCCUUCAACUUCAACCACGUCGUUGCUGUCAGGCCAGUCAUCCACCAGCACGAUAUGCUCGACGCUCAGGAAAAUUCAACCUUAACGUCCGACUUUGAUUCCCUUCACAUAUCUCUUGAUUCACGCCCUCCUCCUGGCUUACAUGCUUCUGCUAUCCCAUCCGUAACUGAAACUCAGAAUCCAUGGUCAGAGGAGCAGAUGAAGCUGGAAUUGAAGCCCGCGCAUACCCCAGAUCUGACAGCGAUUAACGCAUCUGCGCCAUCCGUUUUCGCCGCACCAGCUGACUUAAACAACAUCGUUCUCGAUCACCAAGUGCGUGUUAGCAAGGAUGUUCUGACUCAAUUCGAUCCCUAUACAAACGAGGACGAGCUGAAUGCGCACCAGGCAUGGGCCAGCUCAGAGGGACAUCCGCCACCUGCUCGGAUGCCAUCGCGCCCUAGCAGUCGAGCACAUUCCAGGUCUGCUUCGAAGGAUGUCCAACGCGAUGGGCCUUCUUCCAGGUCUGCCUCACCCGCCCCACAACCCUCCACUUCUUCUGCCUCAUCUGCCUUCCCCUCGUUCGCCGCACUAGCUCGCACCUUUUCCAUCCCUAGCGUGACGAAUAGGGCGCACCCUCGGCCCUUGUCAAUGGAUGCGGCCAAACCCAUUGCCACUCCUUCGCCUGCGACCAUGUCUUCAUUUGCGCAGCAACAGUCUCAGUCUGCUGCGCCAUCACCUCUUUCCAAGCACAUCCCUCUUCCGUCUGAUUACACUGCCUUGAAGACCCACAGCGCGCCGGACACCCGGUCCGCCACUCCAGCUAUUGCAUCACCAUCCGGGUCAGAGUCUCCACGCAAGGAUAAGGAUCCUUCUUUCAACUUCCAGAAGUUCCUCGACCAGAUGAAGUCUAGGGGUGCGGAAGCACUUGGCAAAUACGUGCGAUCGUUCCUCAGCAACUUUACUAAACGGACGUUUACCGUCAAUGACCAGAUCAAGAUAAUCAAUGAUUUCCUGAGCUUUAUUGCUACGAAAAUGCGGGAAACAGACAUUUGGAGAAAUGCGACGGAGGAGGAAUUUGACAACGCGAUGGAAGGAAUGGAGAAACUGGUGAUGAAUCGGCUUUAUGAAUACACGUAUACGCCUUGUCUUCCUCUCCUCACUCCACCCAGACCAGUCACGGCCGAUGACCUCGAACGAGAUCGCGUGUUGUCUCAACGGAUUGCGUUGUUUAGCUGGGUACGACCUCAACAUCUUGACAUACCUGAGCUCGAAUCCGACGAUAACGAUGGAAAUGGAAACAUUGGAUUUUUAGAAUUUGCGCAACAAGAACUUUGCAAAGUGAAUCACUACAAGGCUCCACGGGAUAAACUCAUCUGCAUUCUGAAUUGCUGCAAGAUUAUCUUUGGUUUAAUACGACAUUUACGCAAAGACGAAGGAGCAGACUCCUUCGUGCCGAUAUUGAUUUAUGUUGUCUUGAGAGCGAACCCUGAGCAUUUACUUUCGAAUGUCGAGUUUAUCAAUCGCUUUCGAAAUCCUGCGAAGUUGCAGAGCGAGGCAGGCUACUAUCUCUCAAGCCUCAUGGGUGCUGUGCAAUUCGUUGAAAGUAUGGAUCACACUUCCCUCUCUAAUAUAACUCAGGAAGAAUUCGAAAGAAAUGUAGAAGCAGCAAUACAAACACUCCCUCCAUCACUUCCUUCCUCUCCCACCACACCCCAAGGCUCACAUAUUCCGAAUAUAACUCCGCAUCCAUCUCCACACGCAGGAGAAGAAUCUGCACAACCGCUGUCCCUCGCUGUCCCAUCAUCAGCGCAGAAUCUCACGAUUGGCGAGGAUGCUCGGAAGUUAUUGCAGAAAACCGGGGAUGUGGUAUCAAAGCCUCUCGGUGCAAUCAGUCGUAUAUUUAGCGAGGCACUAGACGAGAAGAUGGGCUACCUUCCCGGACCGUUCGCGCCGUUUGAGCUUGGUAGAGAGGAUAGGGAGAGACAUUGGUCGCAUCCUGACCAGGUCGCUCAGUUUGCUGGUGGUGCUCCUCACACACCGUCAGGCAGUGAGGGACUUCAGGCACCCAUGCAGACACCCUACAAGCCCCGCGUCCGCCGUCCAUCACCCAUUUCAACUCCACCCACGCUAACGGGGCAACCGUACGGAGCUGACGAAACUCCGAGUAGACCUGGCCCGGGAGGACCAUACGUACACCAGGCACUUGCUCUCAGUCCUUCCCAAGCAAUGCCUCCCCCAAACGCUAUUCCCCAGCAUCUUCAACCACCUCCUGUAGGCUCACAGAUCUCUCGUACGCCCACCCCCUCGCUCGACCUCUCUGCUGUUCAAGCAGAAAUCGAUCGCGCGCAUGCACAGGCGAGCGCUGCUGCUCGUGCGACUCUCGCCCAAAUUUUCCCGGGAGUAGACCCAGAGGUACGUGACUGGGUACUGGAAGCCAACGGAGGGGACUUGGGAAAAAGCAUAGAAGGACUCUUGGACAUGGCCGGAGGAUCAUGAAUAGCCUCAGGAGAUGGAUCCGUGAUGAGCGGGGGAUUGGAUCUUACGGUGCGGGAAAACAUAUAUCAAGAGCGUUUCCCCGCAAUUAGUGAUCGGUUCGUGCGAGACUAAUAUCCUCUAAUAUCUCGUCGAGAUGAUACGGGAGGUGUUAGACUCCGAUUGUCAGCGAGAAGG